AUGCAGAGAGGCAAUUUCUCAGUGGUGACCGAAUUCAUCCUCGUGGGUUUCUCCACCUUCCCUCACCUUCAGCUAAUGUUCUUCUUGCUGUUCCUGUUGAUGUACCUGUUCACCCUGCUGGGGAACCUGCUCAUCAUGGCCACUGUCGGGAGCGAUCGUGGCCUGCACACACCCAUGUACCUCUUCCUGUGUGCCCUGUCCAUCUCCGAGAUCCUCUACACCUUGGUCAUCACCCCGCGCCUGCUGGCCGACCUGCUCUCCACAUGCCACACCAUCGCCUUUGCGGCCUGUGUCAGCCAGAUGUUCUUCUCCUUCAUGUUCGGCUUCACCCACUCCUUCCUGCUCACCGUCAUGGGCUACGACCGCUAUGUGGCCAUCUGCCAUCCCCUGCGCUACAACGUGCUCAUGAGCCCCCGUGGCUGUGCCUGCCUGGUGGCCUGGUCCUGGGCUGGUGGCUCGGUCAUGGGGCUGGUGGUGACCAUGGCCAUUUUUUGCCUCAACUUCUGUGGACCCAAUGAGAUCCACCAUUUUGCUUGCCAUGUGCCACCACUGUUGAAGCUGGCCUGUGGAACUAAUGUACCAAUAGUGGCCCUGGGCGUGGGUCUGGUGUGCAUCACCACCCUGCUGGGCUGCUUUCUCCUCAUCCUCCUUUCUUAUGCCUUCAUUGUGGCUGCCAUCUUGAAGAUCCCCUCAGCUGAGGGUCGGCACAAAGCCUUCUCCACCUGUGCCUCCCACCUCACUGUCGUGGUCAUGCACUAUGGCUUCGCUUCUGUCAUCUACCUCAAGCCCAAGGCUCCCCAGUCUCUGGAAGGAGACACCCUGAUGGGCAUCACCUACACAAUCCUCACACCUUUCCUCAGUCCCAUCAUCUUCAGUCUCAGGAACAAGGAGCUGAAGGCUGCCAUGAAGAAGACCUUCUUUAGCAAACUCUACCCAGAAAAAAUAUGA